CCUCCUCUUUCAGCUUCUAUCUCUCUUCUACUGAUAACAAAAGGAUCAGUUGAGACAGAUCGAUAGAAAUGGAAAAAGUGAGAGACCUCGUCAGAGAAGGGAAGAGAGUGGCAAAAGAAGACCCCAGGAGAGUUGUUCACUCUUUCAAAGUGGGUCUUGUUCUUUCCUUGGUCUCUUCCUUCUAUUAUUACCAACCUCUCUACGACAGCUUCGGUGUUAAUGCAAUGUGGGCUGUCAUGACCGUUGUUGUCGUCUUCGAAUUCUCUGUUGGGGCCACGCUCGGGAAAGGACUUAACAGAGUAGCGGCAACACUAUUUGCGGGGGCACUUGGUAUCGGAGCUCAUCACCUUGCGAGCUUGUCUGGCUCAACAGGAGAACCCAUUCUUCUCGCAAUUUUCGUCUUUAUACAAGCGGCCUUGUCGACAUUUGUGCGGUUUUUUCCGCGGGUGAAGGCGAGAUAUGAUUACAGUCUCUUGAUAUUCAUACUCACCUUUGCGUUGAUAUCAGUGUCGGGGUUCAGAGAGGAACAAGUUCUCGUGUUGACUCAUAAGAGAAUCUCCACUGUGAUCAUCGGAGGAUUCAGUUGUGUCCUUAUCUCCAUCUUUGUCUGCCCUGUUUGGGCAGGCCAAGAUCUGCAUUCUCUCCUCGCCUCUAACGUUGAGAAACUCUCCUUCUUUUUGCUAGAAUUUGGGGACAAGUAUUGUGAAACGGUAAAAGAUGGUGACACCAAAGAGGUUGACAAACGCAAAAAUGAUUUUGACAACUACAAAAGUGUUCUCAACUCAAAAAGCAAUGAAGAAUCUUUGGCUAAUUUUGCUAAAUGGGAACCUGGUCACGGCCAAUUCCGAUUCCGCCAUCCUUGGAAACAAUAUCUAUCCAUCGGUGGAUUAAUCCGACAAUGUGCUUAUCGAAUUGAUGCCCUGAAUUCAUAUCUAAAUGCAGAUAUUCAGGUGUCAAUUGAUAUAAGAAAGAAACUAGAAGAACCGUUGAGAAGAAUGAGUUUGGAAUCAGGAAAAGCAAUGAAAGAAAUGUCAGUUUCGUUAACUAAAAUGAUUAAACCAUCUUCUUCCGAUCUUCAUGUCCGAAACGCACAGUCUGCCUGCAAAUCUCUCACCAGCUUACUUCAUUCAGGCAUCUUGAAAGAAGUUGAGUCACAAGAAUUAAUCUCACUUCUGACAGCAAUCUCCUUGCUCAUUGAUAUCAUUAACCUGACCGAGAAUAUCUUGGAAUCUCUACAUGAACUUGCAUCAGCUGCAAGAUUUAAGGACAAGAUUGAGUCGCCUAUUUUUGCCGAGAAACCAAAUUCCAAAAGCAUUGUUUGUGGCUGGGCGACCAAAGGCCAAGAUGAUCAUGUUGUCACAAUUGUUAACGAUGAUUGUUGUAAUGGUAAUACAUCAGAAAAGGGUAAUCGCUCGAACAAGGUUUUGAUCCAUGAAAAACAUGAAAAUUGUGUACAUGAGAAACAUGAAGAUGAUGAUGCACAUGUAAAUUCGAGUUGUGAUUCUUGUGGUCAUACUAGUCUUCGUGUAAUUGUAGAAUGUAGAUAA